AAAUAAUAUUAUGCUUUAUCUUUUUGGGUCAUAAACUCGUAAUAGUUUAUCAUGUUGUUCUGAAACGUAGAGUAACGACUAUAUCGUACUCUAUGCUCUGAAAUGACUGAAAUGUUCUAAUCGUCUUAUGUAGAUAUAAUUAUUAUAGUAGGUUAGGUACUUAGGUACCUACGUAGUACCAUUGAUUAUAUAUAGUAUACUAUGUAUAAUCAAUGGUAAUACGUACAAAAAAAAAAUUAACCACAAGUCCAGUGUCCACACUAGCAGCAGACAGUGGGUACCUAUGUUGUUCUUGUACUGUAGUACAAUAUGGUAAUUUUGUACAUUAGUUCUACUAUAAGGGCUAAUAGUUUUCGAACCAUUACAAAUUGUUUAUUAAAGAAAAAAAUAUCAACAUCAGUUAAUAUGACCUCAAAAAUCAUUGAGAAAUUCAAGUUACCGUCUCGCCAUGAAGCCGGUGUAUACAAUGUAUGGAUUGAAUUUAGUCAAUUAGCUGUAACAACAAAAUGUUUAAAUUUGGGACAAGGAUUUCCAGAUUAUGACCCACCAUCACGGUUUUCAAAUUUCUUAUCUGAGGUGGCUACAGAAAAGAAUUCAUACUUCAAUCAAUACACACGUGGAUUUGGACACAUGCGUUUAGUGAGAGCUUUAUCUAACUUAUAUUCACAAUUGAUUAACCGAAAAAUUGAUCCUGCAAAUGAAAUAUUGGUGACUGUUGGAGCAUAUGAAGCGCUUUAUUGUGCCAUACAGAGUAAUAUAGAAGAAGGAGACGAAGCAAUUAUCAUUGAACCUUUUUAUGACUGUUAUGAGCCCAUAGUACGUACUGCUGGUGGCACUCCUAGAUUUAUACCGUUAAGAAAUACGAGACCAAAUGCAUCAAUACCUAAAGCAAAUGAUUGGAAGCUUGACCCGGAAGAACUGGCAUCAUUAUUCAACUCCAAAACCAAACUCAUCAUCAUAAAUACACCACAUAAUCCAUUGGGAAAAGUAUUUGAUUAUGACGAGUUAACAAUGAUUGCAGAUUUGGCAAAAAAACAUAAUGUUUUAGUUAUUUCCGACGAGGUAUAUGAAUGGUUGGUGUACGAACCAACUAAACAUAUAAGAAUGGCUACACUUCCUGACAUGUGGGAAAGAACAAUUACUAUUGGAUCUGCGGGCAAAACAUUUAGUAUGACUGGUUGGAAACUUGGAUGGGCAUAUGGCCCGGCUAAUUUUAUAAAAAAUCUAUGUGUUGUUCACCAGACUGCAAUUUAUACGUGUGCAACAACAGUUCAGGAAGCUACUGCAAGAGGAUUUGAACACGAAAUCAAUGCUCUUAAUACACCAGAGAGUUAUUUUCAAAAUUUGUCAAAAGAGUUGAAACCAAAAAUGCAAUAUCUCUUUAAAAUAUUACAAGACAAUGGCCUUCAACCAAUCAUGCCUGAAGGAGGAUAUUUCAUGAUUUCAAACUGGACGAACUUUGAAAAUAAAUUAGAUUUAAGUUCAGAAACUGAUAAAUACAAGGACUUUAGGUUUGUUAAGUGGCUCUCUAAGAAUGUUAAGCUACAAGGAAUACCGUUUUCAGCAUUCUACUCAGAACCGCACAAAAAUAUGGCUGAAAAUUAUCUGCGUUUUUGUUUUUUUAAAAAAGAUGAAACUUUGAACAAAGCAGAAGACAUUUUAACAACAUGGACACGCAAUUUAUCAGAACAAAAGUCUAAACUCUAAAAUAUUUUAUGAACAUUUUAAUAAAUUAAAGAUUAACCAUCAAAUGUUAUACUUGAGAAAGAAUUGUAAUUUCUUACUCUAGUAAAUUAUUGUAUUUGUAGGAUACAUCUGUUAAUUAAUAGUUUAAAGCAUAGAACAAUAUAGAAGUGACACUCGAUCAGCUGAUUGGGGUUUUGUUUCCCUAUGAUCUGAAGUCUGAACCUACAAAAAACAUGGAAACGUUUCUACGCACCAACAGGCAACAUGAUGUUAGACCUAAGGUCUCCUGUUUAUGUAAACCACGGUAGAUUAUAGAGGUAUAUGUACGACUAUCAAAAUCGUGUCCUGAGAAAUAUGUUUUAAGAAGGUUCUCACCACUAGAUUGCGUAAUAGUCUUUUGACCCUAACUAAAAUGUUUAUUUAUAUUAAUAUUAUAGGUAGGUACGUAUUAUAUUUUGUCUACAACAAAAUAUGAAUUAUAUUUUAUAUUGUAAUACAAUUUUCAUCAUAACGAAAUCAAAGUAUAAUAAUAAAUUGUUUAUUUAUUUGAA